UCCGCCAACCACCUCACUCCCACUGAAAACCGAGUCGCUCCGGCGGAGCCACCCCUCGGAGAGCCAUGUUCGCUGCCCUCCGCCGCUCCCGCGCCGCCCUCAACCGCCUCCUCCGCCUCCUCCUCCCCCGCCGCCGCCGCCGCCGCCGCCGCCGGGGCAGGACCUUCCGUCCCGCCGAGUUCCCCGCGACGAUCGGCGCCGGCGCCGGCGCCUCGUCGUCGUCGUCCUCCCACCGCCGCGAGCAGCGGCGCCAGAAGUGGGGCGGGACCGAGUACGACCACAUCAGGGCGGACGUGAACUGCCCGCGGUGCUCGAGGCAGAUGCCUCUCCUCUUCUCCAACCGCCCGCUGUCCAUCACCGGCCGGGAGCCCGGCGUCUACCAGGCCCUCAACCUCUGCCCCCACUGCCGGACCGCCUUCUACUUCCGGCCGUUCAAGCUGGAGCCCCUGCAGGGGAGCUUCGUCGAGAUCGGCCGGGUCUCGCCUAAGGACUUGGAGCGGCGCCGCGACCGCGACCGCAACGCUCCGCCGCGCACGGAGAGCCGGGGUUGCGGCGAGGCGGCGGCGGAGGUCGGCGAGGAGGCCGCGGAGGAGGAGAAGGACGGAGGAGGUCGGGGAGGAGGAGGGGCGAAGCUGGGGAGGAAGCUGCCGACGCCGAAGGAGAUUUGCAAGGGGCUCGACGAGUUCGUUGUGGGGCAGGAAAUGGCGAAAAAGGUUCUUGCCGUGGCAGUGUACAACCACUACAAGAGGAUAUAUCACACCUCUCUUGGGAAAGAGUCAGAUGGGGAGUUAUCUGUUGGUGAUUUUGCUGAUGAUCAUCGAUAUGUUUCCGUGGAGCUAGAGAAAAGCAAUAUACUAUUGCUGGGUCCCACUGGCUCGGGGAAGACAUUGCUGGCAAAGACGCUAGCUCGCGUUGUGAGUGUCCCAUUUGUAAUUGCAGAUGCCACGACAUUGACAGAGGCAGGUUACGUUGGUGAAGAUGUAGAGUCAAUAAUGUAUAAGCUGCUUGCGGCGGCUGAUUUCAAUGUGGAGGCAGCACAGCAAGGUAUUGUUUACAUAGACGAAGUUGAUAAAAUAACAAAGAAGGCUGAGUAUGUAAAUGCUGGCCGAGAUGUUUCAGGGGAGGGUGUCCAACAGGCAUUAUUGAAAAUGCUAGAAGGAACUGUAGUGAAUAUUCCUGAUAAAGGAGCUCGAAAGCAUCUUCCUGGAGAUGACAUUCGGAUAGAUACAAAGGAUAUCCUGUUUAUAUGUGGUGGGGCCUUUGUUGAUCUGGAUAAGACUAUCUCGGAAAGGCGACAAGAUUCUUCCAUUGGAUUUGGAGCACCAGUGCGCGCAAACAUGAGGAAGGGUGGACUGACAGACACAUUGGUGGCAUCCUCAUUGUUGCAAUCUGUAGAAAGUGGUGAUCUCGUUGCAUAUGGCCUUAUUCCAGAGUUUGUUGGAAGGUUUCCUGUUUUGGUUAGCUUGUCAGCUUUAAGCGAAGACCAAUUAGUUCAGGUCCUCACGAAGCCAAAAAAUGCUCUUGGUAAACAGUACAAGAAGAUGUUCCGGAUGAAUAACGUUGAAUUACAGUUCACGGAUAAUGCAUUGAGAUUAAUUGCUAAGAAAGCAUUGGCAAAGAAUACUGGUGCACGAGGUUUAAGAGCUCUUUUGGAGAAUGUACUGAUCGAAGCAAUGUUUGAGGUUCCACAGGAUACUGCAGGUGUCAAUACCGUAAGUAGUGUUCUAGUUGAUGAGGAGGCUGUUGGCCCAUUGGAUGGACCAGGCUGCGGAGCGAAAAUCAUUCAAAAGGAUUUGCAAAUAGAAGCAGUUCUUUCAUGACUAAAAGUUGAGCCCCAAAUGCGGUAGUCAGCGCUUUUACAACUCAAUAUGAGAGAAUUGAAUUUCAAGAUGCUAAUUAUUGGUCUCUAAAGUCAGGAACCUUUUUUUUUUUUUUUUAAUAUGGUUCUCAAAGUCGUCCCUCAUCAGCUCACUUAAGGAUAUUGCACAAAAGGAUGGGCGUGUCGUAGAGCUCCAUAAGGAUUUGCACACAAGGAUAGGCAUAGCAUCGGGUUUGGUCUACUUUGGGGGUAUUACAUGCAGAGCCAAUGUUGAUGGAUCCGGUCCAAUGGCCUUGAGUCUGUACGAGUAAUUUCCACUGUGGAGACAGUUUGUACAGGAAUUUCUGAUGUUUAUAUAGGCAGCCAUUGUUGCAGCAGCAGUUAUGAUGCUGAUAGUAGAUAACCGUCGUACUAGUUAGGUCAUGCUUUGCAUAUGUGACAGUACCCAAAGCCAGCCAACUCUUUCUGUAUAGGCUCCACUGCUUCACUACUUUUGUUUGUUGGACGGCAACUAUCCGUACUGAAGUUUUCUUCUUUAUGAGAUUCCGGGAUAACUUGAUUAAUUUUCGUUGGAUCGUGUCACUGUGAACAUAGCAGCCAGCGACAUAUUGAGCGGUUUACAAAGUUGUUUUUU